AUGUGCGGAAAUAACAUCGAAAUCUACACCUGCGGCCACAGCGUCUUCGCCGGCAUCAACUUUUGCCCCGAUUACUUCAAACUCACACAAGACAGAACCCCGAUAUGCCCCGGUAUUGGCGCGAACAAUAGCCAUAUGGACAAUAUCAUUCGGCACGGAAGUAUUUGUGAGGACUGUCAAGACAAGAAACAGCAAGCUAUACAGAGAGAGGGUGAGAUGGUAUGGAGAAGAGGUAGGGCAAGGGUGGAAAAGGCAAGUAGGAAACAAAGGAGCAAAAGGGGGGAAGAAAUGGAAUAG